AUGAAUAACUCUUAUAAGCAUGCUCUCAAGCAGAUCAAUAGUAUUCGUGAGGACAUUGGCAAGUUUGAUCGGGGUGAGGACGUUUCUGUCGGUAUACAAGGACAAAUAUCAGCUGGUUUCACAGCACUAGAACGUACAAUCGACGAAUACGACGGCCUUGCCAGGAGAGAGAUUAUUUUGGUGAAGCAAGAGAAGGCACUUGUGAAUCUGCGCAAGCUAAGAGAUGAUUACAACGAGUUGAGAAAGUUGUUUGCGGCGACGAAACAGCGAGAAAUGGCUAAAGUUGCUGCUAAUGAUCGAUCCGAGUUGCUUGGGCGACGGCAUCAAACAUCGACGCCGGAACAUCCCUUUCACAGAGAUCUCACAAGAGAAGACUAUGCACUCCGGGAACAUAGUUUUCUUAACGAGACAGAUUCAAAAUUAGAUGAGUUUAUAUCUUACGGUAAUACAGUUCUUAAUGAUAUGUACCAUCAGAAUAAUAUACUAAAGGGUACCCAACGUAGACUGUUAGAUGCGGCAAACACUCUAGGACUCUCUCGUAGUGUAAUCCAAUAUAUCGAACGAAGGUCUAGUCAAGAUAACUGGAUUUUUAUCAUUGGAGCAGGAUUCACGUUAUUCUGCAUGUGGGCAAUUGUACAUUAUUUAACAUAA